GUACUAACUUGACAACGCAGGAGUCUUUUCCACUCAUUGGCUGAAGGUGAAAUUUGAAAUGCGACGCGCGUAACGUCGCUGCAGCCUCGGGAGGAUGCGGACGACGCUGUGCCGAACUGCUCGCUGAAAAAAAAGCAAAACGAAAGGGAGACAAGGAUUUUGCUGAACAUUAUCGAACGAACGGACAGUCCAGCCUUUCUCAAGCAACUGCACGGUAAACAUCAUGGAAACUGCCGUGGUGAGCCUCCAGACCUUAUAUGAAAGGAUGAGGAUGCAAGUUGACAUUCUGAAUGAGAACAUUGAACCCAACUUCAUUCAGCUGGCUCAAAACUUUGAUGACUGCCGCUGUAAAUGGCUGAGUGCAGAGCAAGAACUGGAGUCUUGCAAAGAGAUCCUCACCAAAACGGAGACGGAGAGAGGAGCCUUGGAGGUGAAACUGAAACAUGCCCGCAACCAAGUGGAUGUGGAGAUCAGGCGCAGACAAAAGGCCGAAGCUGACUGUGAGAAGUUGGAUCGUCAAAUUCAGUUGAUUCGUGAUCUCCUUACAAGUGAGGCGUCCUCUAACAGCAUCCAGUUGAGUGCAGAGCAGCGCUCAGCUCUGGCCUUCCUGAAUACAAAUUGUCAGGGAGCAGGCAACCUUAAUACCAGCAGAAGACUCACUACAAUUGAUGAGUCUGCCUCCAUCUUGUCAGAUAUCAGCUAUGACAAAACAGACGAUUCUCUUGAUUGGGAUUCCUCCAAUGUGAGGAAGGUGCGACUCAAGAAACGAGAGAAAAGGCGCUCCUCGAGAAAUCAGAUUGAUGGGCCACCACUGGCCUCUAAAAGGUCUCGAUCAACAGGCAGAACUUCAGAGAGGACAAAUGAGACCCUUGUGACAAAGACCACAGUGACGGUACCUGUGAAUGGAGGACCCGUGGAGGCAGUUUCUACCAUAGAGACAGUUCCAUACUGGACCCGCAGCAGGAGGAGGACUGCUGCCAUGGAAUGGGACUCUGAAUCUGUCCAGUCUGAGAAUGUCUUCAAGCAGCCUAGCAUCCCCGAGGGGGACAGGAAAGCUGAGCCCAGCACACCGCAGAGCAAAGGAGGUGUCCGUCUACACGAGUUUGUCUCCAAAACUGUCAUUAAGCCAGAAUCCUGUGUUCCCUGUGGAAAGAGAAUCAAGUUUGGCAAGAUUUCACUGAAGUGCCGUGACUGCAGAGUAGUCUCGCACCCUGAGUGUCGCGAGCGGUGCCCUCUGCCAUGCAUCCCUAACAUGGGUGGCACCCCAGUUAAGAUCGGGGAGGGAGUCCUUGCAGACUAUGUCCCAGACACGUCACCUAUGAUUCCCCCUCUCCUGGUCCACUGCAUCAGUGAGAUUGAGCAAAGAGGCCUGCAUGAGGCUGGUUUGUACCGCCUGUCUGGCGCAGAUCGCAGUGUGAAGGAGCUGAAGGAGAAGUUUCUCCGCAGCAAAACGGUUCCCGUGCUCAGCAAAGUGGACGACAUCCACGUUAUCACCGGCCUUCUGAAGGACUUCCUGAGAAAUCUGAAGGAGCCUCUUCUCACCUUCCGACUGAACCGCCCCUUCAUGGAGGCAGCCGAGGUUUCUGAUGACGACAACAGCAUAGCUCUGAUGUACCAAACCAUUGGUGACCUGCCACAGCCCCACAGGGACACGUUGGCUUUCUUAGUCCUUCACCUUCAGCGAGUUGCAGAUAGCUUGGACACUAAAAUGGACAUCAUUAAUCUGGCUCGAGUAUUUGGUCCAACUAUUGUUGGUCAUGCACUUCCCAACCCAGACCCUAUGACAAUCCUGCAGGAUACCAAACGUCAACCUAAGGUCGUGGAGCGUCUCUUAUCUCUCCCAGUGGAUUACUGGCGUCAGUUUGUGAUGGCAGAAAAUGAGCAGCCCAACUUGGACCACCUUAUUAUCGAGAACGCAAACUGCUACGCAACCCCUGAGAGAAUGAGUAUACUUGGACCCCUGACCACUCCAGAGCAUCAGCUCAGUAAAACCCCAUCUUCCAGCUCAUUGUCUCAGCGCAUGAAGUCCACUCUAACACCCAGAUUUGGGAGCAAGAGCAAAUCGGCAGUGGGAUUAUCCCGCCAGGGAAAAUUCUUUGCAUCUCCGCUGCUCAAAUAAUCCAAAGCAUCUCCACUUUUUGUUUACACUUACCUGCAAUAACAAAUAAUACUUUCUGGCCUUAUGCAUGACACAGUUCAGUACAGGGUACUGCUUUCAUAACUGCUAUUAACGGCUUCCUCCAUAUACUUACGACCCUUUUAAUAUUUGACAUUGUAGAAGUUGUAUCUUGUUUUUACAUGUUUUUAAGUUUUUAAGCAAAUAGUAGAACUUCUCUAUUCAUAUUUGUCUUUAGAGGCGCUAUAUCUUGAGGUUUACCAUUGCAUUGUCCUUCCACAGCACAAGUGUAUGUGACUUUGAGAAGUGCUGAUGGGUGAAAACAUGUACUGUAUAUUCAGUUUUAUUGACGGGUUCUCAGCUCAUGUGUUACUCAGAGGCUGAAGACCUUGUUUGUAGGCAUUUCAUUGUGUGCUGUAAUUGAAUUUCAUCACUGGUAAUUUUAUUGUUUAGCUUAAAUGUUUGUAUUGGAUUUAUAUUCACUUUUGAUUGUUUUGAUUUUCUACAGACUAGUUGUGGCGUGAUGUUAACCUUUUACAGUGUACCUUCUGUGGUAGUGAGCAGACGCUUUAUUUACUGGUAUGUCACAGGUUGUAAUCUUUGGCUCCUUCAGUGUUUAUUGCUCUGUGUUAAUGUUUGUACUAUGGGAGGUUGCUUGUAACCAAUCCUGUUCGAAAGGCAACUUUUUCAGCUUAGCCAGUUAAUUUACUGUGGCAUUAUUUGAAUAACUAUCUACCAAACAUUUUGAAUACAAAGGCAGUCUAACAUAUGGAUUGCAUUUAACAUACCAGUUGCAAAACAGCCUCUUGAUUCUUUUUGUUUUUAGUCCAUUUUUUGUGACUCUGUGAGGGAGAUAAAUAUACUUCCAUCUACUACAGUGGCAGGUCACAGCCAACUGGACUUGCGAUUCCAAAAACUCCUUCCUUGGUUCUGGUUUUGUGGCGAUUUAUAAUUUAGGGACAUUAACAAUAGGACAGUUUAUGAUUAGAGUUGCUCAUAACAAUAAAAUACUGGCAUUGAUAAUGUAUUUAACAAUCUGUUGCGUGGGCCAGCGGUUUGUAUUUAAAUGUUUUGAACUGGACAUGUUUAAGCUUCCAGAAAAACAUUUCUUCAGUUAUAAUAAUCAGAAAUUUAACUGAGAUACUACUUUUAGACUAUAGCAACCUUUGAUCUAUCUUCAUAAUGGUUGAGUCCUGAUGUGGAUAUUUACUGGUAGUCCCUUUUUUUAUAUAAUUUGCUCAGAAAUGAAUGAAGAUAUGAAAGUUGUGGGAUUGUGAGAUUGUCGAGGCAGUGUUGUGAAGAAGGCAGCUUCCUUCAACCCAUCUAUUCACACCAUUAAUUUGCAAAUAAAAACACACUUGCAAAUGCU